UCGUAUUGUAUAGAAGCAUUUAAACUAAGACCCCGUGCAUAGUUUAAUAAUAGCCGCGUUACGCGUUAGCGUGACCAAAGCUGCUGGUGACAUUCAAAACGCUAAUAGAUUCCAUUUCAAAAUCUACGCUUGCACAGCAAGUGGACAAAUUCAUUGUGCAAUUAACUUAGCAUUGAAACAAAAACACCCAAUAUACGCGUUUAUAUACAAUAUACUUAUAAUUAUAUAUGUAUAUAAAUCGGUGUAAAUAACUGUGUGACCAUUAAAACAGUAUCGUGUGCGAAAAAUAACAAAUGAAAAUGCAGUGUCAAUUACUCAACAAGUGCAACUUGACAUUUUUACUGCUAUGUUUUGUGGCGUUUCAAUUGGCGGCGUGUUGUACGCGUGCACCAACACACCUACCGCACGGCAGACGUUCGCGCGGCGACAACGGUUAUAGAUUAAUUGUGGCUGAGGGUGCCAAUGGCUAUGUGCCGGGCGAGACCUACACGGUUCUCUUGAUCGGUGCCCAAACUCAUGAAAAGGUACAACAUUUCACUCAUUUCGCCAUCACCGCUGAGGCGCAUAUUGCCCGCCGUCGCGCUCAACCUGCAAGCCCAAAGCGCGUCGGAGGAUUUAUACUCUUCAGUGAUGCUCUAACUAAAUUCAGCGAUCGUUGUGUCAAUACCGUACAGGAGGCAGAUGACUUACCCAAAACUGAGGUACAAGUCAUGUGGGUGGCACCACCUGCAGGCUCUGGUUGUGUUUCCAUAUCGGCUAUGGUUUACGAAGGUCCUCGCGCAUGGUUCUCCGAUGACGGACAAUUAACACAGGUCGUUUGCGAGCGUAAAACCAAUAUACACACCGUCAAAAAGGAAUGCUGCGCUUGUGAUGAAGCUAAAUACAAUUUCGUUUUUGAGGGUAUUUGGUCCAAUGAAACACAUCCCCAUGAUUAUCCUUUCGCCGUUUGGUUAACGCAUUUCUCAGACGUUAUUGGAGCUUCUCAUGAGGCCAACUUUUCGUUCUGGGGUGAAAAUCAUAUUGCUACCGAUGGUUUCCGCUUCUUAGCGGAAUUUGGUUCGCCCACGGCUUUGGAAACUGAAUUGAGAGCACGUGGACCACGCUUGAGGACUCUUAUAAAAGCUGCUGGUCUAUGGUAUCCGAAUGUGAAUACAAAUACGUCGUCCAAAUUUCGUGUUGACCGCACGCAUCCAAAGGUGUCAAUGGUAUCCAUGUUUGGUCCUUCUCCGGAUUGGGUCGUUGGUAUCAGCGGUGUCGAUUUGUGUACUGAAGAUUGCUCUUGGAAGGAGUCACUGGACUUUGAUCUCUACCCAUGGGAUGCGGGCACUGACAGUGGCAUUAGUUAUAUGUCGCCUAACUCGGAAACACAACCACGAGAGCGCAUGUACCGUAUUACUACGAUGUACCCCGAAGAUCCACGUUCGCCAUUCUAUAAUCCAAAGAGCAGCGUCAUGACACCGUUGGCAAAAUUAUACAUUAGACGCGAAAAAAUCAUCUCUAGAAGCUGCGAUGCCAAUUUCUUGGAAGCCUUACAGCUAGAUGUAUCUGACGAUGUGGAGGAGCAAGACAUCAGACCUGAAUGCCGUUUAACACCAUACACGGACUGGAGUCCUUGCUCAGUAACUUGUGGGAAGGGCAUCCGUAAGCGUACGCGUGAAUAUGUGAACCCAGAAGCGGCCGCUGCUGCUGAUUGCUCACGACAAACGGUGUCAAAGGAAAUGUGUGCAGCGCCCAUAGCUGAAUGCAAUCAAUCGCAGGAUAAUGAUGAUGAUGAAGGUGAGAAUUUAGCACACGCCGUAGCUUUGGUAACAGAUGAUGGUGAGGGCGCCGGUGUAUGCAAGACUACACCCUGGAGUGUUUGGUCCGAAUGUUCAGCCAGCUGCGGCAUUGGCAUUACAAUGCGCACGCGCACUUUCAUUGAUCACACCGGUCGUAAACAUUGUCCACAUAUCAGCACAGUCGAGAAACAAAAAUGUAUGCGUCCCGAUUGCACUUACGAAGAGGUAGAACUACCCGAUCCGAUGUGCCCGACAACACAAUGGAGUGACUGGAGUCCGUGUACAGCCACUUGUGGACGUGGUGUUACCAUACGUACGCGACUCUUGCUAUUGGAGAAUGGUGCAGUGAAGGAUAAUUGCACUCAGCGUAUGGAAUUGAAUCAGCAAAAGCAGUGCAAUGUGCCACAGGAUUGCACCAUUAACAUGAAAAUGGCGAAAGAUAUAUGUGUGCAGCGUGCGGAUAGUGGUCCAUGCCGUAGCUCAUAUAAACGCUAUGCUUACAAUCGUGACAGCGGGCGUUGUGAGAGCUUCACUUAUGGCGGCUGUCGUGGCAAUCGCAAUAACUUCCUCACCGAGCGUGAUUGCUUAAAUGCCUGCAGUAUGCUGCAAUCGGCAGAAACAACCAACUCACGUUCCACAACCGCCAAUCGCGCACAAACAAGCAAUUAUCAGUCGCCAGCCUUUCAAACCGUAGAUUGUAUUAUGUCUGAAUGGUCUAACUGGUCGGAAUGUAGUGUUAGCUGCGGCACAGGCUAUUCCAAUCGUAGCAGAUAUGUUGUUACACAACCCAGAAAUGGUGGUCAACCAUGUCCGAAGCGAAAGGUGAAGGUACGAAGCUGCGUAAUGGCUGAUUGUUGAGCAGAAUGGCUGAAACGUGAAAAACAAAUAUGCAUGCAAAUGCCCCUGUGUACUAGAAAAUAAUAUGUUGAGUUUAUAUAUCUUUUCAAUAAAAUCUGCAAUCUUGGAAAAUCUGCAUUACAAGAAGAA